AUGGCUACCACUAAAACAGCACCAUCAUCAUCGACUGCAUCAUCUCUAUUUUCAUUCAAUGGAAAUAAAGAGAAUCAAGAAUUCUUCUUGAAGGUGUUAAUCCUUGCUACCAUUUAUGUUUUGGCAUUUUCAACUCGUCUAUUCUCAGUAUUACGUUAUGAAAGUGUUAUUCAUGAAUUCGAUCCAUCAACAAAGUAUUUAGUAUCAGAAGGUUUUUAUAACUUUAUGAAUUGGUUUGAUGAAAGAGCAUGGUAUCCACUUGGUCGUAUCGUUGGUGGUACAGUUUAUCCAGGUUUGAUGGCUACUGCCGCCGCUGUACAUUAUAUCCUCAAUCAAUUAAACCUUACAGUCAAUAUCCGUAAUGUUUGUGUACUUUUAUCACCAUGGUUUGCAUCCAACACUGCAAUGGUCACUUACAAGUUUGCAAAGGAAAUCAAGGACACUCAAACUGGUUUGGUUGCUGCUGCUUUGGUUGCUAUUGUUCCAGGAUACAUAUCAAGAUCUGUAGCAGGAUCAUUUGAUAACGAAGGUAUUGCUAUUUUUGCAUUGAUUUUCACCUAUUAUACAUGGAUUAAGGCAUUAAACACUGGAUCAUUGUUGAUUUCAGCUGUUUGUGCUUUGGCCUACUUUUACAUGGCCAGUGCAUGGGGAGGUUACGUAUUCAUCAUCAAUCUUAUUCCAUUGCAUGCUUUGACCUUGUUGUUGACCGGUAGAUACUCGCACCGUCUCUAUGUCUCGUAUUCGACCGUCUACGCACUCGGCACCAUCCUCUCGAUGCAGAUUCCAUUUGUCGGCUACCAACCAGUCUUUACUUCAGAGCACAUGGCCGCCCUCGGUGUCUUUGGUUUGUUGCAACUCUUUUGCGGACUCAACUGGAUCAAGAGUCAUCUCACCGAAGAGGCCUUUGCCAAGCUCCAACGUUUGGCCUUUAUCUCGCUCUUGUCCAUUGCCGGUGGUGUCUUUGUCAUUGGUACCAUUACCGGUCACAUCGCCCCAUUCUCUGGUCGUUUCUACUCGUUGCUCGAUCCAACCUACGCUCGUGACAAUAUCCCCAUCAUUGCCUCGGUAUCUGAGCAUCAACCAACCACUUGGGCAUCGUAUUUCUUUGAUCUCCAUAUCCUCGUCUUCCUCUUCCCCGUCGGUCUCUACUUUUGUUUCUCCAAGCUCACCGACGCCAACAUCUUCCUCAUUCUCUACGGUGUCACUUCGAUCUACUUUUCGGGUGUCAUGGUUCGUCUAAUUUUGGUCUUGGCCCCCGUUGCCUGUGUCUUGUCUGCCGUCGCCGUCUCAUCGACCCUCGCCACCUACUCGCAAAAGCUCAAGACCCUCAGCGCCGCCCCUGCCCCAUCUUCGAGCUCGUCCUCUUCCGCCGCCGCCGCCACCUCCAACACCAAGGAAAGCAGUUACAUCAUGAUCGGUAUCAUGUCGGUCCUUCUCAUCCUCUACACCUUCCAUUGCACCUGGGUCACCUCUGAAGCCUACUCGUCACCCUCGAUUGUCUUGUCGGCCAAGCAAAACGACGGUGGUCGUAUCAUUUUCGACGAUUUCCGUGAAGCCUACCGUUGGUUGGGCCAAAACACCGCCGACGACGCCAAGGUCAUGUCCUGGUGGGAUUACGGCUAUCAAAUGUCAGCCAUGGCCAACCGUACCGUCAUUGUCGACAACAACACCUGGAACAACACCCACAUUGCCCAAGUUGGCAAGGCCUUUGCCUCCAACGAAGAGGAUGCCUACAAGAUCAUCAAGGAUUUGGACGUCGACUAUGUCCUCGUCAUCUUUGGCGGUCUCACUGGUUACUCGUCUGACGAUAUCAACAAGUUCCUUUGGAUGGUGAGAAUCGGUGGUUCGUGUGAUCCAAACAUCAAGGAGGCCGACUACUUGGCCAACGGUCACUAUCGUAUCGAUAAGGGUGCCACCCCAACCAUGCUCAACUCUUUAAUGUACAAACUUUCCUACUACCGUUUCUCAGAGGUCAGCACCGACUAUGGCAGACCUUCCGGUUACGAUCGUGUUCGUAACACUGAAAUCGGUUACAAGGGUUUCAGUUUGACUCAUCUUGAAGAGGCUUUCACCUCUGUUCAUUGGUUGGUUAGAAUUUACAAGGUAAAGGAUAUUGAUAAUAGAUCUUAA